AUGUCCAGCACCACAGACACAACCACGAGCCCCGAGCCCCCCACGGACGAGGAACGCGCCGAGGCCAACAGGACCUGGCACGCCCUCAUCGCCGCCGCCCGCGACAUGUUCGGCCACGACGAGUCCACGCCCCAGCACUUCGGCUUCGACCGCGUCCUCGCCGUCUCCGACAUGCGCAACCUCGUCGCCCUCUACCGCACCGUCACCACCGACUGGGGGAUCGGCACCGGGCAGCUGCGGAGCAUGCGCAUCGCCCAGGGAAAGCCGCAGAUCGCCGCCUACAUCAACGCCGUGUACAAGCUCAGGGGCGGCUCGGCGGACGACGACGCCCUGCGCCAGUGGUUCGACAGGAGUCAGUUCAUCUAG